CAUUUAUACAUUUUGCUUCAAGGGGAUUUACAUAGAAAUGCUCUCUGAUUUGGAUACAUCUGCAAGAUGUCACGCUGGCGAUAGAGGGUAUUUUUGUAGACCUUAAAGCAGACAUGAUCAGAAGCUUAAAUCGUCUGAGACGGAUCAAGGAGAAAGGGACGGUGCAGCACCCGAUCUUAGAGAAUCGCCUCCAGAAGUGCUGAUAUUGUUGGAGCCACAGAGACAAUUCGAUGGGUGCAUAUAAAAAGAUGAGAUCGGGAGUUGAGGGCCCCAAUCACUCGAUCUUGGCUCAGCAUUUACCUAUCUGGAUGUCAGCCAUACUGGGAGUCCCUGGGCAUUCACCUAAAGGAGAGAGAGGCGCUGUGUUGCUGGAGUUCUGUAUACAGGAGGCUGAUGAGAUUAAGAUGAAUUUAAAAAAAUGAACACUACAGCUCCUCCCCCUCCAGAAAAUGGGCAGUAUUCUGCAAACCAACAAAGACCCUUCUUUUAUGCACAACCGACAGCACAACUACCUUUCCCAAAUCCUUGGUACCUUGGUCAGCUGUACAAUCCAUAUUGCAUGCCUGGACCUGGCUACAGAGGUGGAAAUCCAUAUUAUCCAUUCUAUUCUCUUGCACUCCAUGAAUACCCUGGAUUUUAUGUUCCUCAACAUCAAAUGAAUGCUAGAUUGAACAGAAGGCCUCAUUUUAAUCCCCAUCCACCAUCCCCAAUGUUUUACCAUGCUACUCGCUUUAGGCAUUAUAGCAGUCCUGGUAAAAGAACUGAAACUAAAGAAACUCAGACUGACCAACGGCUGCCAGAUUAUGUGCCAAAAAAGCAUACGGGUACAGAUGGCAAUGGCUCAGAUGGAAGAAGUACUGAGUGCCAAUCAUCUGGCGUUAGCAGCACUCAGAAUGAUAGUAACUUGGAGACUGUUGAAAUGUCUUUGUCUCCUGUGUCUGCAGCGCAGGAAAGAGACUUUCAUAAAAAUGCUUGCAAUUCAUCACAAUACCACACCAUGCCUCCAGGAAGCUAUGCAUAUGAGAAAGAGGAGGUAAGAAUAGAGUAUGGAGGUGGUUCUCCUGCCAUACAGAUGUGGAAGUCUUAUAAGGAAACCAUACCAAUAUAUGAUGUGGCAGUUGUUAAAGAAAUGCCAGAAAGUGUAGUGCAGCGUGACCUUUAUUGUGAGGGUGUGUUGUAUGGCCCUCGCACAGAAAGAGAGGAGCUUUCUGUGCAGAGUGUUGCCUUCUCGAAUGAAGAGGAAACUUCACUUCCUCAUAGUAUGUGUCUUAACGAUGUACAGGAAACAGAAACUCAAACUACAGUAGUGUCAAAUAAGCCAAAUUUGAAACUAAAAGCAGCAGUGGAGCUAGAAUCAGAAAACAUGAUGUUGCAUCAUGAUGUAGCCAGUCCUGUCUAUAUAGUACAGCAAGCUUUAUCUCCAGAAAACUGGGAAGAUGACUACAAUACAAUAGAGGAAGCUAAAACUGACCCUGAAUUAAUUGUUGGCCAAGAUCCUAUUUCAGAAACACAAUAUCAAGGUCCAUAUAACUUUAAUGAGGUGCCAGAGUUGGCUAGCAAAACAAGCAUGUGGGAAGAAGACCCUGUUGAAAAGUUUGUGCCAUCCCCAUCGUGGGUGGCCUGCUUUGACAAUGUUGAGACAAACUAUGAUUAUGAUCUUUAUAUGGCUCAAAGGAAACAAAAACGGCCAAGUAUAUUAAGUAUUACUUCAGAAGAGCUUUCUUCUAGGGAUGAAGGAUCAUCCAUGGAUAAUGCUUCUGUGUCAUACUUUGUGCCUGAUUAUAUGCUCAGGAAAGGGAUAUAUUCUUUUAGAAAAAGUUCAGAUGGUUCUGAUAGAGAGAAAAUACAAAGUAGUGGGUCUUUAAAAGAAGAUAUAGCUGUAAAACAUGAUAGCAGCCAGUACAAGAAUCACGCUUCUGGCAUAAAAGUAAAAAAUGUUUCCAGCAGAGGUAGAAAAUUAGGUGUUCCAGUAAGAACAUUGAACAAGAAGUUGUAUUCGUUGAAAAAGAAACCAAGGAAGAGCCAGUCCCUGUCUGAACCAGAGGAUUCAGAGGAAUACUGGGUAGUAGAAGAAGAGAAUUACGAGGAAGAACUAGAUGAAGAUGAUAGUGAUGAAGGAGAAUUUUACAUUCAGGAGACAAUUCCAUUUAGCCAGCUAAACAUUAGCAAAGGUAGCUUCUUUAAGCAGAUUGCUCAGAAAAGAAUACUCUGGAAACCUCCCAAAGGCACAAUUGCAACACCACUUAUUGGAUGGCCAGUUAAAGAAAAACUAAAAGUGAAGAAAAAGGGUGCUUAUGAAGCAUUGGGGCAAGUUCACCGACAAAAGGACUAUGAGGUCUAUGACUAUGCCAGCUAUGAUGAGAAGCAAUCCUCAAAGACAGAGAGAGGCUUUCAAGAAAUGUCUGAACAGAAGAAAUCGAUGCAGAAAUCAAUGGGUGGAAAACUUCAAAAGAAAACCACUGGGCCAGUUGUUGAAGAGUACUGGGUUGGAAGAGGUGCUAAGCCCAAAUUCCCCGAACCUGCAUAUUAUUUGCAAGAUCCAACCAAAGUCAAAGAGCCGGUCAAUUCUUCAAAAAAGAAAGGAUCGCUCAAAUCUUCUAAAAGGAAACAAACUAGAAUUGAUCCAGAAGAAAUAGACGAAUGGGAGGUUCCUAAAACCUACUUGUACAGAGGUCAUGGUAUACGGAGAGGUGGCACAGGGAAGAAGUAAAGAAGCUGCCUAUGUAAAAAAAAAAAUAUUUAUAAUGUAUAUUUAUUUCUUAAGUUUCUGUGUGUGAUUUUUGUACAACAUUUUUACUCUUGAAAAGGAGUCCUACCUAUCCACUAACUGUUUAAACCUAUGCACAGGAAUGGUAACUUAAGACAACAGAACUAAAAAAACUAUUGGCACAGUUAUUAUAUUUCUUAAAGUUUGUUUAUAUAA